AUGAUUACCGUAUGGAAAAUCCGCUAUGUUGGAAUAAUACUGCUCUGUUCACGGAUUUUGAAUGUCAACUCCAUCCGUUGCCGAUCAUGUUUACCUUGUCGUCCGGAGAACAAGGAGAGGUUCAUCAUCAAACCAGAUAUCAUUGAGUCCGAUUGCAAAGUCUGUAUUACUGCGAAAUCUAAAUAUUCGGGAUACGAGGUCGAAGGGCGAGCCUGCAUGCACAGUUGUCCAACUGUCAAUGCUAAUAGGAUAGCCAAGCCGGGUAUGACCAACAAUGUGCGAUGUUGCUACAAAGACUUGUGCAACAAUCGGAGCGUGAGACACUGCUUGUCUUUAUAUUUGCUAACAAUUUGUGUACUUUUGAACACCACAUAUCUUGUAGCCGAGACAUGCAUCCCAUUUCGCUUCCAAAAACAGAUGUCGUAUUUUAUUCUUGUCGCUUUGUUCGAUAAACGAGAUUUUUCGU